AUGAAAGUCUGGGACGAUUACACCAUAAAAGAUGCCAUCGUUGUUGUAAGAAAAGCCAUGAAAGCCAUCAAGCCUGAAACAAUAAACAAAUUCCUCAUAAUUGGAGAAACUGCAUAUCAGCCUAUUAUCACAGUGUUAGUAAUAUGUAUAAUACCUACAGUGUUUGUAUCAUAUAAGACUAUUGAUGUAAGUACUGACAGACAAUUCAUCUUUGUUGCAUCUUUUCCCAUUUUUUUCUCUUUCAUUCUACCAGAAUGUGGUAAAAGACCAAUUUUUGAUGGAAGAACUCAGUAUUCCAGAAUCAUAGGGGGGAUGGAGGCUGAGGUGGGUGAGUUCCCAUGGCAGGUGAGUAUUCAGGCAAGAAAUGAACAUUUCUGUGGCGGCUCAAUCAUCAACAAGUGGUGGAUUGUCACUGCUCUUCACUGUGUAGUUUUUGAAGAGCUACUUCCAACGGACUUGAGUGUUGUGCUGGGAAGCAAUGACUUAAGAAGCUCAGCUGUGGAGAUAAAGGGUGUUACUAGCAUAGUUCUUCACAAGGACUUUCAAAGACACAACAUGGACAAUGAUAUCGCCUUGCUGCUGUUGGACUCACCCAUCACAUUCAACGGACUGACAGAGCCCAUCUGCAUGCCCAGAAAGCCCAGCCCCUCCGUGUGGCACAACUGCUGGGUGGCAGGAUGGGGUCAGACCAGCAGUGAUGACAAAAACUCUAUGAAAACUGAUCUGAUGAAAGUGCCAAUGAUCAUCAUGGAUUGGGAGAAAUGUUCAAAGGCAUUUCCAAAACUUACCAAGAAUAUGCUGUGUGCUGGAUAUGAGAAUGAGAGUUUUGAUGCUUGCCAGGGUGACAGUGGAGGGCCUCUGGUCUGCACCACAGAAUCUGACAAGACCUGGUACCAGGUGGGCAUCAUCAGCUGGGGCAAGAGCUGUGGACAGAAGAACAUGCCAGGAAUAUACACCUUGUUAGAAAAUUAUAGCCUCUGGAUUAAGAAUGUGACUGAGGUAGAGGGAAGGCCCUUUAAUGCUGAGGAAAUGAGAGCUCCUCCCAAUAGGAAACAAGUGAGGUCCCAUGCUGCAGAAUUUCCAGAGCCAGGAAGCCCCAGAUUCUGGAUACUGAUUUCGCUUCUGUCCGUCAUGCUAUUCAGGGCCAUUUUCUCCUGAUAAUAAAGCAGAUGCUAUUUCUUAACCAAUGAAGGUGUGUGAAAAUGUACUUCCAGCAGAGAGACUGGCUACAAAUUAGAUCUAAGGGCCAGGAACUGAAGGUGACAAUAGAUAGUAGGACCAGAAAGGCAGGCUGGAGCCCUGGCUUGGGGAUUAGGCUUUGGGUCCCUCCAUUAGUCAGGACUCUUUCCAUUGCAAGUGAGUUAUCGAUCUCAAACCAUCUAAAGCCCAAACCAGUUAUUUAUAGAUGUAGAUGUACGUAACAGAAAGACACUAGGAGUGGUAUUUGGCUUCGGGCAUGGCUGAAUCUAGGGGCUCAACAAAUGUUAACAGGGACUAUUUUUUUAUAGCUAUCACCCUCAAAAAGGGCUUCCAAGUGGUGGCCAUAAUGACUACCAGUACCUCCAGUUUGCAUCCUACCAGUUUAAUAGCCUUGGUAAAAAGAGAGAGCCUUCUUCUUGGUAAUUCCAGCAAAAGUCUGUGGUCUAAUUCUCAUGACUCGUAAGCUCACAGCCCAUUGCUGCUCCAAUCACUGUGGCAUUCUUCUAGGUGAGGUUCGAAUUACAAGUCCACUCCAGGAGCCAGCAAAGGGCCAGCCAUUUAAAACUAUGUAUACUGAUAGUGGGUGCAGGUAGUGCCCCACACGGAAAUAAAAGUGCUGUGAACAGGAAAAGGGGACUGUGUACUGAAGAUGUCCUUUGAUGGUGGACAUUCUGGUUGGCUGGCUUCCAAGGUAGCCAAAUCCCAGGCUCCCAGGAACUUCUGAAGAAAGUAUGUCCAGAAAUUGCUGCUUCAGGACCACAGGGGGAGCAAGGGUAGAGUGGGGGAAAAGAGACCUAGGAAAUAUUUUG